AUGGCUGCAAACCUCGCGCGCACACGCUUCGUCACAGCAGACACUACAUCAACUGUUGGCAGUAUGGUUUCUCAGUCCCCCGCCCUCAGCGCCGGGCACUCGGACGCCGGCUCCAGCAGUGGAACUCCGAACUCGUCUCCUCCCGCCUCCAGACCUCGCAGCCCCGAGUUCAAGCAUGAGACGGUCUCAAACGCCUCGGAUCUCGAGCCUCUUGAGCCGAUGAAGGUCCAGAACGUAUGCUUCGUCGGCGCCGGCUUUGUUGGUGGCCCAACUGCCGCUCUGAUCGCAUUGCAUAACCCUGCCCUUAAUGUCAACGUUGUUGACCUCAACGCUGAGCGCAUCGCUGCAUGGAACUCUCCUCACCUGCCCAUCCACGAGGCCGGUCUGCCCAAGAUUGUGCGGAUCGCCCGUGAUGGCACCAACGAGACGACCGCCUUUCUCCCCUCUGCCGGGAAGGCGGUAAAGCUUGAACCCCGCAAGCCUAACCUUAGCUUCACCACCGACGUCGAACGUUGCAUCCACGAGGCCGACAUCGUUCUCAUCUGCGUCAACACUCCCACCAAGACGUACGGCCUCGGUGCUGGGUACACCGCCGACCUGAGUGCGCUCGAGGGAGCAUCCGAGACCGUGGCCAAGUUCGCCAAGCCCGGCGCUGUCAUUGUCGAGAAGAGCACCGUCCCUACGGGCACUGCCCGCAUGAUCCGCGAGAUUAUGGCCCAAUACCAGCCCGACGCCGAGUUCGAGAUUGUCUCCAACCCCGAGUUCCUUGCCGAGGGAACCGCAGUACGCGAUCUCAUGCACCCGGACCGUAUCCUCAUCGGUAGCUCCACCACCCCCGCCGGUGUCCGUGCCGCCAAUGCCCUGAAGAGCGUGUACGCCGCCUGGGUUCCCGAGUCAAAGAUCUUGACCGUGAACACUUGGUCGAGCGAGCUCACCAAGCUCGUUGCCAACGCCAUGCUUGCCCAGCGCAUCAGCAGCAUCAACAGCAUCAGUGCUCUCUGUGAGGAGCUGGGCGCAGACGUCCAGGAGAUCAGCCAGGGCAUUGGUGCCGAUUCUCGUCUGGGCAAGAAGUUCCUUCACGCGGGUGUUGGUUUUGGCGGUUCUUGCUUCGAGAAGGACAUCCUCAACCUUGCCUACAUGGCGCGCACUCUCCACUUGGACACCGUCGCCGACUACUGGAUGGGUGUGCUCGACAUCAACAAGUACCAGCGCGAGCGCUUCGCUCAGAAGGUCCACCGCGCUCUGAACGGCAACCUGCGCCGCAAGAAGGUGGCCAUUCUCGGUUUCGCCUUCAAGGAGAACACCAACGACACGCGCAACAGUAUCGCCGUGCACAUCAUCAACGAGCUCGCCCACGAAAUGCCCAACGAGAUUGCCAUCUUCGACCCUGGCUGUGACCCCGUGGAGGUGAUGAACGAGGUCCGCGAGUCCAUCAGCGACGAGCGUGUUGUUGAGCGCGUCAAGGUCCACGCGACCUGGCGUGAGACUGUCCAGGAUUCGAGUGCCAUCUGCAUCCUUACUCCCUGGUACCACUUCCGCUACCCCAAGCAGGCCCAGACCACUGCUCGGCGAUCAUCCGUUUGGUCUAGCCCCGAGGCUUCUCGGGAAGAGGCCAACGCCUUCAUCAAGGAGUCAUUGUCCGAGAUGGACAUAAUCGAGCUUGAGAAGUUUGUGUCCCGCACCAGCGCCUCCACGCCGACGGACCCCUUGAAGCGUAUGAAGCCCGAGGCCGAGUGCCAGGAAGGCUGCAACGGUUGCAAUUUCGAUGCGGCCAACGAGGAUCUCGGCGACCCCGUCGACUGGGAGUGGGCGGCCUCCGUAAUGAAGCGCCCUCGACUAGUGCUCGACGGGCGCAACGUCGUCUCUGCCCCGGAACUUGAGAAGCUCGGCUUCCAAGUACAGGGCAUCGGCAAGGGCCUGGUCAUUUGA